GCCAGCUCACUGACGCGCGUCCUCCCUGAUAUGGACACCGGAGGAGGACACUGAACAUCCAAGAACCAUGCCUACUGUCCUCUGUGGCAAAGGGAAACUUUCCAUUGUCUGCUUUUUACUCCGUUACACAUAUUCUCAGGACAUGACUCAGUCCUGGCAAUCCCAGCAAGCCUUGGGGGGCGACCAAGCUCAGCGAAUCAUCUACAACUCAAAGGAUGCAAGACAUUCAGCCGUACAGCAAAGGCAAAGUCGUGGGGAUCCUCAGCAGCGAAUGGCUCGUCAUCCUUAUGUGGCACCUCAUAAAUCAAUGCUUGCUGAUGACCUGAAGGUGAGCAGUGAUGAAGAUGACAGUCAGAGGGUCAUUCAUGAGUCCGCUUCCUGGGAGCGACACAGCCUGGCGGCUCAGCGAGCAUACACACAUAGCAGGAGGGUGAGACAUUCCAGCUCAGACUCCUCCGACUCAGACUCCUCUGCAGAGUCAAGCAGAAGCAGCCUUCAUUCCCGCAGCUUGAGUCCAGAACUUCACCCAGAACCUUCGUCGCCUGCAGCCACGCAGCCACUGUGCAACAACAAAGAGAUUGAUCAUCGUUCAGCUACCCAAUGGCAAUUAGAUAAAUGGCUGGAAAGGUCAAAGAAAAGAUCUGCCAGGACUGAUCAAGAUUUCUCUCAAACUACUGAAGAACCCCAGGUUUCUCCCAUAAGCCAGAGAGCCCCAUCACCUGCCAGGUCAUGGGACAGCAAUCAGGAGUACAGCCCAAGCCAAACCCCCAUUCCAAGUCCACGGUUCAGUUACAGUCAAAAUAACAGCCCAGUUCCCAGCCCUGGUUACAGCUUCUGUCCAAGUCCCAGCCCAUUUCCCAGCACCUGUCCAAGUCCUAGCCCUAGUCCACAGCAUAGCCCACCUCCAAGUCCAGUUCAAAGUAUUUGUCCCAGUCCCUGUGGAACACCCAGAACCAGUCGAAGCCCAAGCCCUAUACCAAGACAUCCCCCAAAAAGUCCAAGUCCCAGUUUACCUGCUCCUUCGAGUUUUGACUACCUGGAAGAUCAGAGCCAAAAGCAUUCACAUCCUGUUCUAACGUCUACCCCCUACAGGACUAAAAUAAGACCAUGGAUACCUCCAUUACCUACCAGCAGUUCAAAGAGUAAGCCCACAAGUCACAAGCAUCCUGAAGCAUUGUAUCACCACAAACCUAAGAAUCACUCCACACACAGCCAAGUUCAAAGCCAAAGGAAGUCGCAGGGAUCAGUAAUUUUAAAAUCCCAACCAAAUCUCAACCAAAAACCUACACCCAAGCCUACUUCAUUUUCAAGAACUAAAGAGCUCUCUGACACUCACAAAAAUAAAAAGUCAACACUUUUAGAUCAAACCCAAAGCAGCCAAUACAAAUCCAAGCCACACCCACAAUUUCAACAGCCUUCAAGCCACAGCCCCAAAAGAUCAAAGCAUUUGGUGCCCACUGGCCGAGAAACCAGCACAGAUCCCGGUACUCAUUCCCAAUCUACCUGCAACACUACUAGCAUUUCUGUUACUAAGUCAAGCACUGGACCAUUUCCUAACCUUAUACAGUGGACAAAGCUGUGGAAGCCUGCAGAGCCAAAACUCACACAUGUAAGCCAUACCAAAACCUCUCAAAGGAAGCUCCCAUCUAAGGAACGGGAAGUGGAUCAGAGAACCUCUCAUCUCUCCCAAACAGAGGGGAGAAUACAGGAAAGAAAGGAGGAUAGACCUCACCUUGAAAAGCAACAGGGGAAAGUAGAACGAAAGGAAGACAGAAGGCUGGCGGAGGAGCAGCUACUAAGACGUCGAAUCCAAAGUUCGGCAGAGGAAGAAGAGGAAGAGGAGGACAGAGCAACAGAACACGAGGGUGUGAAAAGGGACAAAGAAAGAGGGAAACAUAGGAGGAAGGUAGAGCAUGCAAAGGAAGAAUGGAAGACAGUCAAACAACGAGUGCCUCCUAACCACAAACAACACCUCCCUCGAGAGGGUUCAGACUGUCAAGGGAGGCCAAAAAAGGGAAGGAGAUGUGACGAGGAUAGAGAAGUACCAAAAGACUUAUCACCUGUACUAUCCACACACUCCUCAACUCCCCAAAUACGAUCUUUCAAGUCCUCCUCAUCAUCAUCUUCUACAACCCCCUACAACUCGGACUCCGAAUCAGAAAGUCUUGUUUCUGUAGCUAAGGUUUCAGAUGAUUUCAAUUCUCACAGGAGAGUUCCCAAAACAGGAGACCAAGCUUCAAGCAGACCUGACACCACCAAGCCUAAGACAGUAUACCCCAGACGAGCAAGCUCAGGUAAUUCAUGCGAGGGGCAGCAAAGUGAGGCAAAGCAAAGGCUCUACACACUUGUCCCAUUUGGGCGAGGGGAAAAAACACCUUCCACUGCCCAGCGGGGGCUAAGAAAUCUGGUGGUGCAGAUAGACCUCUGUCUUCUCAAGAGAGUACCAGAAAGCCCUACAAACCCGAACCCUAAAAAAUCCUCCCCUUCCAUAUCUGCUCCAUCGAAUAAGGAAAAGCCUAAAGAGAGUAUGAAACACAUUUAUGAUCAUGAGACUUCCACCAAAGACUGCAAGAGGAAACGUAAGCUGGACAAUGGCAUAACACAGAAAGAAACCAAGAGGAGUCUUCUUUAUCCAAGCGAGGCCCCAGGGCAGAAAGAACCUUCAUCAUUAGCAACUGAGAACAUCGUCACCGAGACAGUACACAAUGGAUAUCUGGAGGAGUACUUGGACAACAAGAGGCCAGUUUCCCCCUUGUCUCCUUUGUCUCCACUGCCCCAAAGUCCUGAACCCGCCAAGCCUCCAGCCAAAGCAAAGACAACGACUGAGCAGCAGCAGUCACGCUCACAGAAGACCAAAGACAAGAACAGAGAUGUAGCUGUAAAGCCUAAGAUGGAGGUGGAGAGUGUAAAAGUAUCAAGGCAGCCUCAGCCGCAGGCACCAUCAGAGUCCACCUGGGGACCCACUGGUCACAGAGGGACUGUACCAAACAAAGAAAUUUCCCACCAUGCUGAAUACUACUUACAUGAAGCUAAACGGAUGAAGCAUCGUGCUGAUGCAAUGGUGGACAAGUUGGGAAAAGCAGUCAACUACAUUGAUGCCGCUCUUUCCUUUAUGGAAUGUGGGAAGGCGAUGGAGGAAGGGCCACUUGAGGCAAAGUCUCCUUUCACCAUGUAUUCCGAGACAGUUGAGUUGAUCAGGUACGCUAUGAGGCUAAAGAGUCACUCUGGCCCUGGAGCAAGACAGGAAGACAAACAGCUGGCUGUCUUGUGCUUUCGAUGCCUUGCCCUCCUUUACUGGCAGAUGUUCCGCUUAAAAAAAGAUCAUGCACUAAAGUACUCUAAAGUGCUGCUAGACUAUUUCAAGAGUUCUCCCAAAGUGCCUACAACGCCACCUGGAUGGAUGGACUCUGGGAAGGCUACAACAGGACUCUUGUCCUCACAAUCACCCCCUGCAAAACACCACAGACGGGGUUCAACUGCAGGCAGCAGCACUGCAUCCCUUAUAAGCAUCCCCCAACGUAUCCACCAGAUGGCAGCAAACCACCUGAACAUCACCAACAGUGUCCUGUACAGCUAUGAGUACUGGGAAGUGGCAGACAACCUUGCAAUGGAGAAUAAAGAAUUCUUCAACUACUUGAAUACUUUAUCUGGGCCAUUGACUCUUCACAGUAGCAUUGCUCAUGCUGUCCAAUACACCAGGCAGGCUCUUCAGUGGAUACGCAUUAGUGCCAAACUGAACUGACUGUGGCAGAAAGGAUUUCUGCUUAAUUCGCCAAGCUGCUCCUCCAGCUUAAUUUUGCUGUAAAAGAGUAUAAACCCUGCAGAUCUCCAAACAGCUGUGAGGACAGCGUCGAUGUCCAGUGGACUGAUGAAAAUGGACUUUCGUAAAAUGCCAUCGAGCCACAGAUUGUUCUUGUUCUGCUCCGGGACACCAGCAUUAUGUGUGCAUAGCCAUCUGAAGGACCAGGGUUUUUUUUUCUGUCUUUGGAUUAUUCUGAAAAGUUGUGUGUUCUGCCGUUAAGAUCUCUAAAAUUUUGCCAAAUGUUCCCUGAAGGAGAAAUGAGUGAAACUUUGUGUUCUAGUCUUUGUUGUUGUUCAGCAAAGAUUUUCUCUGCGUGCAAAAUGAGGAAAUGGUUGAAAACAACAAAGACUGAUGAUCAUGUAUCACUCUGAAGUAGGGGAAACUAUUUUUCUUCAAAGUAUCUCAUAUUUUUACUUUUUAUGUUUUUUUUUCUGAUUGUUUUUUUACUGUGCAAUAUUUGAUCAUUCAUAUUUGUAAGAAAAAAUAAACUGGGUAUG